GCAGCAGCAGCAGCCGGAGCAGCCGCCGCCACCGCGCUUUCAGCACCAAGGACAGCAGCUUCCCCGAGGAAGCCCACCGAGCCCCGCCAGGCGCCGCUUGCAGCUCGCCUCGCUCGGCGGCUGCCUCUGUUGCACCCUGUCGGAUCUCCGGGCGGCCAGGGGGGGACAUGGUCCCCUCCGUGGGCCCUUCCUGGCGGCCAUGAAGAGGCAGAACGUGCGGACCCUCUCCCUGAUCAUCUGCACGUUCACUUACCUGCUGGUGGGGGCGGCCGUCUUUGAUGCCCUGGAGUCCGACCACGAAAUGCGCGAGGACGAGCAGCUGAAAGCCGAGGAGACCCGGCUCAAGGGGAAGUACAACAUCACCAACGACGACUACCAGCAGCUGGAGGAGAUUAUCAUGCAGUUGGAGCCCCACCGGGCCGGGGUCCAGUGGAAAUUCGCAGGGUCUUUCUACUUUGCCAUCACAGUUAUCACCACCAUAGGUUAUGGGCAUGCUGCCCCAGGAACAAAUGCUGGGAAGGCUUUCUGCAUGUGCUACGCUGCCCUGGGCAUCCCGUUGACCCUGGUCAUGUUCCAGAGCCUUGGCGAACGCAUGAACACCUUUGUCAAGUACCUCUUGCAGCGGAUGAAAAGGUGCUGCAGGAUGAGGAGCACUGAUGUCUCCAUGGAGAACAUGGUGGCCGUCGGAUUCUUUUCGUGCAUAGGGACCCUCUGCAUAGGAGCGGCGGCCUUCUCCCACUGCGAGGAGUGGAGCUUUUUCCAGGCCUUCUACUACUGCUUUAUAACAUUGACUACAAUAGGGUUUGGGGACUACGUGGCCCUUCAGACGAAAGGAGCCCUCCAGAGGAAGCCGCUCUACGUGGCCUUUAGCUUUAUGUACAUCCUAGUAGGGUUGACAGUCAUUGGGGCAUUCCUCAAUCUGGUUGUUCUCAGGUUGUUCAUGAACAUCGAGGAAGAGAGGCGGGAGGCUGAGGAACGUGCCUCCCAGGCAGGGAACCGUAACAGCAUGAUCAUCCACAUCCAAGAAGAUUCCCAGCAUGGGCGGCCGAGAUACAAAGCCGAGGUGACGGACCUCCAGUCGGAUUGCUCCUGCAUGUGCUACAGGUCCCACGAAUACACCAGCCGGGUUGUGUCCCACCAAAACUCCUUCAGCUCCAAGUUGAACCUCCAGUACUUUCACUCUAUCUCCUACAAGAUAGAGGAGAUCUCGCCAAGCACAUUAAAAAACAGCCUUUUCCCAUCCCCUGUGAGCUCCAUCUCUCCUGGCUUGAACAGCUUCACAGACAGCCACAGGCUGAUGAGACGGCGGAAGUCCAUCUGAAGUCCUUUGUCCUUGGGGUUUUUGAUCUUUUAUUCCUAAGAUUGGUUUUUUUUUUUUUAAAAAAAGGGAAUUCCUCGUGUAAGUCAGAGCGAGGCUAAGAUUAGUCAAGGAAAUCAAACAAAGGAACAGACAUCCUUCCUCUGAGACUCGGCUCUGGAGCAAAGUAUGCCUUACAUUUAAGUCCCCGCCCCUCGGUAGUCUGAAGAUUCGAGGUGAUGGGAAGUGGGUAUCCAAAUUCCAAAGUUGCACAUAUUAGCUGGGAGCUUUCAAUGUGCCCUGGGGCACUUUUUGACCUAAUGAACUCUUUUCCUUCACAAGCAGGUCACUCUGUGUGUGUGUGAGUGAGAGAGCACGAGUGUGCCUGUGUGUGGAGUGUCUGGGUUAGGGUAUAGGUGCACACGCACAAUUCCACUACCAGUGCCAUGUGACUAACAAAGUAUAUAUCAAAGCAUCAGGUAUUGGUUUUGUUUUCUUUUGAUUCUUCCUUUGAAAAACUUGUAUUCUGGCCUGCUUUUUGGCUUCCAAAACAUAGCAGGGGCUGCGGGAACGGGAAAAAGCUGCUAUUCUCUUUUGUUCCGUUUGCUGAGUCAAGCAUGCACCAUAAACGGUCAAUAUACCAAGUGUAUCAUGGUGAUUUUUAAUUUUUUUUAAUGCUAGAUUUUAUUAGAUGUUUUGUUUCCAGAAAGGUUCAAGGCAGGAAAGAAGGAUUGCUUUUGCUUGCUGGAUCAAAUCCUUACAACCCGCCCCCCAAACAUAUAUUUUUUAAAAAAUCUACAGCAUGCAUUUUGUAGAACUGGUAUGCAUUAAGACAAUACAAGAGGAAAACAAAACCCUUGAAAAGAUAGGAUUAAUACUCUAAAGCAAAUAAUAUGGUUUUAAAAUCAGUUUCUUUUAAUUCUUUGUUAUUGUUCCAACUAUAUGCCACAACACAGAGGGUUUUUCUUUUCUGCGGGGGGAAUUGUUGGAACUGAAGAGUAUCUAUUUUAUUAUUUCUUAUUUAUACAGUUUUGUAUAAAAUUAAAUUUUAUGUUAUCAUGUGCUUGUGUGUGUGAGUGAGAGAGCCUGAAUGCGUGUACGUGUGCAGAAUCAGAUGCAUGCAUAGGAAUUAUAUUUUUGGGAAUGCUUGGACAAGGAGGGUAUAUAGAGGUGGGUGUAUCCCCCCUUUUCUUAUAUAAAAAAACAGGGCAUUCCUUGUUUUAAAUUAUUAUUAUAAUAAAAGAUAGUCUCUAAAUGCUUUUGAUUUGUAAAUAACGGAAAGCCUUGGUUGGCCUCAGGAAGGAUUCAAGAGACAGUGUCUUAUGCUUUGACCUUCUGGGAACGUUUAAACCCUGACAAUCUUUUGCUGAGCGAAUGUGUUCAAUUGACGCAGCUGCGGGUGUCAAUACUUGCUCUGCUUUGACCCUUUGAAUGAUUGCACUGGAAUUGAGUUGCUUUAGCGACUUGAGAGCAGCUCUUUGAACCGUUUUGUUCAAGGAAUACAAGAUCUAGGAAGCACUGGCUUAAUGGUGAGGCGUGCUUGCAGUCCAGAAAUUCCAAAACAGUUGACAACAACUAGGGUUAUCCAGAGAAAUGGGCUCAUUUAGAAUGGAAAAGCUUAUUUGAGCGCUAAGUACCCCAUGACAUGAAGAAGCUUGCCUGUUGCUGUCUCUGCAAGAGUCCCUGUUCUGGCUUGGGUUCCUUCCAGCCAAUCAGCCUCAUUUUUGUGAGAUGGCAAUUCUGCUGUAUGUCUGCAUUGGGUCUGCAAAGGGAUCAUUCAGUUGCUCCCAACGCAACUGUGCUUUUCAUCAGCCCAAUGGCCAUUCUGUGUUUUGUGCCUGUGUUUGAACCGUUAUGUAACAAUCCAGUUUAUCCUAUCGCAUUACAUAUCAGCACCAGAGCGAGCGAGGGAGGGAUUUAGUUUGCUCAGGGCAUGGUUAAAAUGUUUUUGACAGAGCAAGCUGCAAAGCAGGGAUGAGACAUGCCAUAAUGAAGCAAGCCAAGCAGAAGGCUAAUAUGAUGCUGUGAUUUUCUGAGGGUUGCAAUGGCCUCAGCAAAAGGCUUUCACAAGGCUUCAGGGUCUGGAGUUUUCUAUAUUGGUUCAUCUUUCUCACUUGGUAAAUAUAGAGAUCUGAAGGCCUAGUAUUCAUCCCUUCCAUUUCUUGUACCCUCUGGCCCAGUGUAAGGGGAAAUUGUAAAAUUGCAGAACGAGGGGUGAAGUGAAAUAAACAAUACACUUAUGAUGACAUGUUUAUUUCUGAG